AUGCGCAGAGAGCCCGGUCACCUGCUGGGGAUCAGACGCGAACAAGGAAGUCUGUCGCUGAAUACUGGAUGUCAGCCUGAACCAAAUUAAAAUUCACCUUCGUCGGAUAGUUGCGAUCCGCUCGCCGGCUCCUGGCUGCGUCGGCGCGACAAGAUGUUCAAAAAGCUGAAGCAGAAGAUCAACGAGGAGCAGUCACCGCAGAGGAAUGCGCAGUCACCACAGCAGGCCCAGUUGGACUCUAGUGACCGGCGCAGCAGCCAAACCCCCCCGUGUCAUCAUGAUGGAUCCCCCUCUCCCAGUGACAGAGAGAUGCUGGCUGGGAUGAUAGCAGAGCCCGCUUUUCUCUCUGAGUAUACUAUCUUUGCUCUGGACCAUUCAAAACGACCUCAAACGGCACAGGUAGCCAGUGUGGGAGCCUCUAAAGGACCAGCCAGGUCUCCCAGAGGUAGCAUCAAUGGCGAAGGAAGUGCUUCUCCUCAUAGAGAGGAGCCGCAGUCAUUUGCCCAGAAACUGCAGUUAAAAGUUCCCUCGAUGGAGUCGUUGAUUCGCGUCGGUGCCAGUCGGGCGGAAAAUCUGUUCCGUUCUCCCUCCAAAGAGAACCUGGUCCGAAGCUCAUCGCGGGACUCCCUGACUCCUUUGGGAGAAAACGAGUCCCCGGGCGGCGCCACUACAUAUGAUCCCCCCUCAGAUAUUGAGAGUGAGGCUGAGGAGCCACCAGGAAGUGCAGAGUCCCUUUCCAAAGAGCAGCUGUUGCACCGACUGCUUCAAGUGGAGAGGAGUCUGGGGAAGUACAGAGGAAAGUACUCAGAGCUGGUUACUACGUACCGAACAGUACAACGAGAUAAAGAAAAAACACAGGCCAUCCUCAGUCAGAGUCAAGACAAAGCUCUCCGCAGGAUAGGGGAGCUGCGGGAGGAGCUUCAGAUGGACCAGCAGGCCAAGAAACACCUACAGGAAGAGUUUGAUGCUGCGCUAGAGGAGAAAGACCAGAUGAUCACUGUCCUCCAAACACAAGUUGCUCUGUUGAAGAAACGAGUCAAGGUGGUCUCUGACGUUGCUCUGCCACCUGAAGAUGACGUACAUCAGUCUGAAGAUACAGAAGGCUAUUCUUCUGCCACACAAAGUCCUUCCAAGCAAGACGUCGAGCCUGAGGCUGCUGAGGGAGAGGGCAACAGUGAUCCAACCAAACUCAUGGAGGCUCUACAGAAGAGAGUGAAGAGGCAGGAAAACCUCCUGCAGAAGUGCAAAGAAGUGAUGCGAACACACAAGGAGCGCAGCGCCCAGCUGGGCAGUGAGAAUGAAACUCUGCAGGAGCAGCUGCAGGAAAGACUGCAGGAGCUCGAGAAGAUGAAGGAACUGCACACAACAGAAAAGACUAAGUUGAUCACUCAGCUGCGUGAUGCCAAGAACCUCAUUGAACAGCUGGAGCAGGACAAGGGAAUGGUCAUUGCGGAGACAAAGCGCCAGAUGCACGAGACGUUGGAAAUGAAAGAAGAGGAGAUUGCUCAGCUACGCUCCAGGUUCCAGCAGGCUACUGUCCAGAAAGAAGAAUUACAGGAACAGAAGGAAAAGGCUGAGAAAUCAGCAUUUGAAGAACUUGAACGAGCACUGGGUGUAGCUCAGAGGGCGGAGGAGGCCCGGAAGCAGCUGCAGCUUCAGAUGGAGGAGCAAAUGAGAAAUUUCCAAAGGGCCAGUGAUGAAGAGAGGAAGAUUCUGCAGAAGGAACUGACACGAGUCAAAGAGCAACUGGUCAUUAUCAUGAAGAAAUCUGCAGAGGAGACAGUGGCUGGUUUGGAAAGACUCCACAACGAAGCUCUGGCUGUUAAAGAAGCCGAGACCAGUGCCAGAAUCAGCAAAGCUGUGGAGGAAUGCAAAGAUGAGUUCACCCAGUUAGCCAAGGAGCAGGAGCAGCAGGCCUCUCUGGCUCUGGAGGACAAAGAGUUACAGAAGACCGCACUGAGGACUGAAGCUGAUAACAAGGUUAAAGACAUACAGCUGGAGCUGGAAACUGCAAGGACUAGAAUACUGGAGCUGGAAAGCUCUCUGGAGAAGAUCUCACAAGAUGGACCAAGUCUGUCCCACGAACUUUCCAGUAGGUUGGAAGAGCUGCAAGAUAAACACAAAGAGCAAAUCUCUGCACACAGAGUCGAGGUGGAGACCCUUCUGAAGGACAAAGAGCUGCAGUUCCAAGCAUACGUCGAAGACUUGAACCAGAAAACAUUAGAGAAACUGGAUGCAAAGCAGGCAGAACUAGAAGCUCUUUCCUCGGAACUGUCUGAGGCCAUGGCGAGUAAACAGCUUCUGGAGGAGAAGUUGGUGGCUGCUGAAGAUGCUCAAAGUUUGGCUCAAAAAGAGCAUGAGGAGAAGUUUCAUGACCAAGUGGCAAAGCACAAUUUGGAGCUUACAAACAUCAAACAGGAGCACGAGCAGUCCCUUAAAGGUAUAGAGAAAACUCUGAAGGAGGAACUUAAUGCGAUGCAGAUCUUACUGAGGGAAAAGGAGAAGGAAAUUGAGGAACAAAUCCUUCGAGAAAAAACACUACAAGAGGAAUCACAUUCCAAUGUGCAAGAACUAAAUGUUAAGGUUAAGGAACUGGAGCAGCUGCAACAAAGUUUAUCACAAUCCCAGUUGGAAAAUGGCAGCCUAAAGGAGUCUAGUUCAAAGUUAAGUAAGCUCUUAGAGGAUCUCGAUCAAUGUAAGAAAGAUUUGGCAGAUUUGGAGCAUCAGCUGGAAGUGGCAAAGAAUGAUUGUCAAGAAAAAGAGAAGUCACUUCAAGAACUAGAAAACCAGUUACAAGAGACCAAAAAGGACCUGUCAGUGCAGGAGAAGUCAUUUACCUCAGAAGUGAACAGUAACCAGGAGGAACAAGCACGCCUCAAGAAACAGCUGGAUGAUGAAAAAGCUGCCUUUGAGAAGAAGAUGAAAAGCACUAUAACUGAGAUGGAAACUAAGCUGAAAUCACAGGAAACAAAAAUGGAAAGGUUCAAGCAGAAGGCCAAAGAAAUGCAGGAGAAUUUCAAGAAAAAGCUCCAGCAGAAUGAAGAGACCAUAAAGAAGGAACUUGCAAAGAAGGAGGCAGAGCUCCAAAAGAAAGAGCAACAAGUUCAAGAAAAAAUUCUCGAGAUGGCCCAAAAAAGCUCCCAAGGCCUCAGCACCGCGAUGUCAGAGCUGCAGGCCAACCAUAAGGAAGAAGUGGAGAAGCUGCGCGACAACCAUAAGCGUGACGCAGAGGAGCUGGAGCGUCUAUGGCGAGAGAAGUUUGGACAGCAGGAAGAGGAAAUGAUGGAAAAACACUCACUCGUACUACAGGAGAAGGCACAGGAACUGGAGGAAUUAUCUCAGCAACUUGGCAGAAGCAGAGAGGAGACUGAGCAAGUGAAAAACUUAAAGGAGGACCUGGCAAUCCGAGAAACCACUGUGCAGAAGCUGCAAGAGGAGCUUAACGAAGCAGCGGUGAAGCUGGAAAGUUUGUCUCAGGGUGAGGCGUUGCUGAAAGAGCAAAUGGAGUCAGUGGAGAGGAACCUUAACCAGGCAAUGAAUGAGAGAAAUGCCCUCCAGGAUAAACUGAACACGACAGAGGAAGAAAGCAGAGAGACGUUGAAGACUUUGUCAGACAAGUUGGAGGAAACGGAGAAGCAGCUCAAAGCGCUGGAAGGUUCCAGAUGUGAGGAAAGUGAGGUCUUGCAGAAUAAAUGUGAGGAAUCCGCCAUUCAACUACGAGCCAAGGAAGCAGAGUUCCAACGGCAGUUAAUAAUGAUCAGCAACCAAAUGGAGCAUUACUGUCAGGAGGUUCAGUCUAAAGUGGAGUGUGGAUCUAAUGAACUCCGUCAACGAGUCGAAUGUCGGGUGGAUGAGCUGAAAGAUAGACUGCUGUGUAGUCAGAAAAAGGUAGGGCAUCUCAAAAACACUGUCCUUGCUAAAAUGGAUAGAAUUUGCACUUUAGAAGAGACUCUGCGCCAGCAGACGGAGCACAAUAAGAAUCUAUGCAUUUCAUUAGAACAGAUGACUGCUCAGGUAAAUGCUCAUAUGGAGCAUAUCACAGCCUUAACACAUGACAAAGAGAAUCAUGUUCAGUCUGUCAAUGAAAAAGUUCAGAAACUCGAGGAGCUGAGCGAAGCAAACAGAAUCAUAUCGGAGAGUAUGAAAACAACCGAGGUGCAUAUCAGUGACUUGGAAAGCAUCGUUAGUGACUUGAGAAACCAGCUAGAAAGUAGCAUUAAAGAGAAGGAGGAAGCCAUAAAUCAGCUGAACCAGCAGUAUACAGAGGAGAGACAACAAAUGAAGGAGACCGUUGAGAGAUUAGAGCAGGAGAGGAAGUCUGCAUUGGAGCAGGCCGACACGCUCAGGAACAGUCAGUCUGAGUAUGAGAACAAAGCGGAGACAAAGUUCAUCCAGAAUGACGACACCAUUACAUCUCUACAGACCAGGCUCGACGAGCUGGAGCGAGAAAUCUCUGUAAAGAAUGAAGCUCUGCAAAGCCUGACGGCGAGUGCUGACAAUCAGUCCAUCAGCAAGUCUGAGAUGGACCAGGUGCUGAGCGAGAAAGAGCAGAAGGUCAGCGGACUUACCUCGGAGCUGGAGAGUUGCAUCGCCCGACUCGACGAGCUCCAGGAGCAGUUGGCCUUAAAGACAAAAGAGUGUGAACAACUCGCCGCCGAUCUAAAGCAGCAACAUGGCGUCAGGGAGAGUGAAAAGAGAGAGCUGGUCGAGCAGCUGCAGAAGACACAGAUGCAGUGCGCCCAGAAUGGUAACGUAGAGCAGGAGAUGGCAGGGAAAUUGCUCUCCCUCAAGGAAGACAACCACAAGUGUAAACUCGAGCUUGAGAGUCAAAGGGAGGAAUUUGAAAGGAUGAGAGAUGAGAUUAUCAAGAGCAAGGAGGAGAGUCUGAAGGCAACUGAGGAUAAGUUAUCUUCAGAGAGCGCUCGCAAAGUGUCAGAGCUGAAGAAGAAAGCUGAGCAGAAGAUCGGCCAGAUUAGAAAACAGCUGACAUCGCAGCUCGAAGAAAAAGAGCAGGCGAUCAAGGCUCUUCAGACCAGCCUGGAGGAAAUCAAGAGCAGUGAAACAUCCAGCAAACAACACAUAGAAACGUUAAAAGAGAGGACAAAAACGCUGGAGGAAGCUCUCGUCAAACUAAAAGAUGAGCAGGGGGAACAACUUGAGCAAAUUCUUAGUAAUGAAAGGCUUGAGAAGGAAAAGUCUCUGGUAGAAUUGAAACACAUGUACGAAGAGAAGUUGUCCUCAGUUAUGGAAGAUACAGCUCAACAAGGGGAACUCAAGGAAACCAGAUCAGCUCUGCACGAAAUCGAGGCUAAGUUAAACGAAGCAGAAGAGCAGAAUCAAAACCUUCUUUCAGAAAUAAACCAACUGAAAGAAGAAAUGUGUGAGAAGGAAGCCAAGCUUAAUCAACUCCAGGGAGCGAUUAAACAACCAGGGGUUGAGGCUGAGAUGAAGGUGGAAUGUAGCAGCGUGCAGCAAACCAUGAGCGUGAUGGAAAACGAGGUUGAGAACCACUCAGCCACGCAAGAACCGGACGGCGAUUCCCUGGAUUCUCUCAAGAACAAACUGAGUCAGGUGGUGAGCGAGAAGGAGAAAAUCCAUAAGGACUUCACCAGGUUACAGAAAGACAUCCGGCUACUGAGGAAGGAGCACGAACAGGACAUAGAGUACAUGAAGAAAGAGUUGUCAGAGGAGAAUGAGAAAAGGCUCAAAAUGGAGUUGGAAGAUGUGGAAAUGAAGCACAAUUCUGCCAUCAAGCAUUUAAUGAGAGAGGUCAACACACAAAUGGCCUUAAAGGAGCGGGACCUUGAUGCAGCAGUGAAGGAAGCCAUUGCGAAGGCCCAGAGUGUGGAAGCAGAGCUCAUCAAUGUCCACCGUGACGAAGCCAGUCAGCUUAGGAAGAUGAUCGCCCAGAAGGAGGAUGAUUUGCACAGAACUGUUAAGAAAUAUGAGCAGAUUAUAGAGAGUCGAGAGGAGGAGAUGGGAGACAGAGUGUGGCAGGUUCAGAAGGAACUGGAGGAGUUGCAGACAAGGAGUCAUGGCACCUCUGAGAUGAGCACAGAAGAACUACAGGCUCAGCUUGCUGAGAAGACUACCUUGCUGAGCGGGACUCGGCUGAAGGAGCAGGAAUUUGUUGAGAAAAUUCACUCGCUCGAGGACAAGAUUAGAUGCUUGAACCGAAAAACGGUUGUAACUCAUCUCGGGAGCUCAUUCAAAGAUCCUGUUUUCAGCAGCUCUGAUGCCCUGUCGGAACCCGCUGAGAUGGAGUACCUGAGGAAGGUGUUGUUUGAAUACAUGAUGGGACGUGAAACAAAGACAAUGGCCAAAGUGAUAACCUCCAUGCUCAAGUUUUCUCCCGACCAAGCGCAAAAGGUUUUUGACAAAGAGGACUCGAAACCAACUCCUUGGUUACGGUGAGUGUCUGAAUAAUUCGGAUACUUUUGGAUGAAAAUAUGCUCCUGCUGCUCCUGAAGGGGAAGACUGCCAGGGAUUUGAUCGAGCCCUUCUCCCUGCAUUUUUAGUUUUUGUCAUUUUUGUGUGUGUGCAUGUGGCCGUGUCUGUGUGUGUGUGUUUGCGUGUGCGGUAUGUAUGACUUUCUGUAAAGGUUUGAGGGAAUUAGGAGAGAAUAUGCCAGAAACACAAAUCUUCCAUGAAUCCAGUUUUACGCUGAAAUUGAGUUUGUUAAUUUAUACAUUUUAGAUGAAGAUAAAUGGGUUUCUCUUUUAUUUAAGUGUGUUCAUAUGGAUUGGCUUGUGCAAUAAAUAAUAUCGUUAUCAUGUAUUGAUUCUGACGGUCAGUUGAUUAAUAGGUUCCUGUGUUGUGCUGUUGUGUGAAUCACUUCCUGUGUAAAACUGUCAACGACCCUUUAACUGUGCACUUGCACCAAGUUAAGACACUGGCCUCUGGACCUUGUUUGUUUUACGCAGCUUUUCUAUACUUUAUAUCCUGUCACUGAUGCUGACAUAGAACCCAAAAUCACAAAACUGUAAAUUGUGCUAUGAUAAUUUAAACUGUACCAUAGGGCACUAAAUGACUUGCUAUACAUUUUCAGAUUAACAAAUUAAAUCUUAUUUACAGAA